GAGUCAGCCACCCCUCCCGUCCCGGCUGCAGACAGACUCGGUACAGUCGGUCAACAGUGACUGGGCAGUCGUAUCCUUAUCACUACGGAUGGUAUCUUUUCAUUCUUCUCAAACGCAGGGUCACGCUAUCUAUGACUGCAGUUUCUUUACUGCAAACGAAUCGCAAUUGCCUCGUCGUUCUUCUACACACGGUAUUUUGACCUGUUGGAAUCAUGCCGUCGCAGGCCAAAAUCGAUCUACAUUUACCUAAUCCGACAAUACGGUAGACGGAACUUGAGGCACGACGGAUCCCGUCAUUGACAUAGUUUAGUCGCUUCGAGUACCUAGGUAACCAUGACACCCUUUCCAGUGGAAUCAUGGAUAUGGUACUCGGUCGUCGUAUGCAUGGUUCUCAUGCGAAUGAUUGCGCGCUUUCUACAUUUCAAAUCUAUCUUACGACUACAACUUGAGGAUUUCUUGAUGGUCUUCCUCACAUGUCUCUACACGAUUUUGAUUGUAUUUCUCAACAUCGACUUGAACGUCUCAACAAAUCUGAUCGACCCCUCACAUCCAGUCGUUCUGACGCCCCAUGAGAUCAAAGUCCGAACAUGGGGAUCCAAAACCGUCCUCCUGGUUGAACAGUGCAUGUGUGCCGUUCAAUGGGGCACCAAAGCCUGCCUUCUGCUGCUUUACUGGCGACUCACCCAAAAUCUCAGACAGGGUUUGAUUGUCAAAUGCGCUGCGGUCUAUGUUGCGACCACGUACGUUGUGAUGGAAAUCCUCUACUUCGCGGUCUGGUGCCGACCGUUCUACGAAUAUUGGAAAACCCCGACCGACAAUGCGCAAUGUAACACGGCGCUACACCAUCUCAUCACCAACCUGGUCUUCAAUCUGACCAGCGAUGUCCUAAUCCUGUCCAUACCGUUACCACUUUUCCUAAGGGCGCACCUGGAAUUCAAACGGAAACUUCUCCUGGUGUUCCCUUUCAGUUUGGGGCUCUUCACCAUGUUAUGCGCUAUUCUGAGCAAGGUGUCAAGCUUCAAACACCCGUACAGUGCGGAAUGGGUCUAUUGGUACUGUCGGGAGGCAAGCACGGCCAUGAUUGUCACCAAUAUGCCAUACAGCUGGGGUUUGCUUCGAAAAAUAUUCAAUCUUCGAUCGUUCCUAGGCAACUCGGAUAGUACAGACCGGAUGCAGGAUGGUCGUCCAAAAGAGCUUCAAGGGUAUAGUGUCGGCGGGAUCCCUUUGGCCAGCCCCACACGGUCGAGACAAGCGAGUCAUGCAACUGCUAAAUCCUCCUGGAGACAUCCCAGCACCCCCAAGAAACGCGAAGCCAGUAUCAUGUCGGACACUGGCACGAACGCGUGGGCGGCCGGUAUUGCCAAGGACAAGGAGAUCAAUGUUGAAGCCAUGGCAGCUUCGAGCAGUGAUAGCAGUGGUGAUAUCAUACGGAGACCUACACAGGCUGCAACGACUGAUUGGACACUGGAUCGACUGUAUCCUCUGGACGACGAUGAAGAACUUGAGAGGAUGGAUGUUGCGCAACGACGAUAUGACGGUUGAUGACUCUCUGCAGGCGGAAGACAAUCAAUUCAUCUACUACCCACCACAUGGCUGAUGCUCGUGAGCUGGCGACAUUGAAAAGCAAUGAAUUCAGCAUGCAAAUCUGUACCACGAUCAAAGUCUGGUAUAUUGCGCUGUUCCAUGGUGCUGGAACCACAAGUUGUUGGUGGGAUGGCCACUGAUGGGCAUUGAUGGGCACUGACGGACUCUCCACGUGCUUUAUGGCCGAAAACGGACAAGCGGGAUGAGAGAGAGAAAAAUGACGCAGCACCAAAAGGAACUUGAAUCGACUCGUCAAUCAACCGACCGCAGCCAGAAAUUCCUCUGCUUUGUCAUUCCUUUUCACUCAUUCAUUGUUUGUCACGUCGAGUCAUACAAAGACUCUUCUGGUCAAUAAAAGG